UGUUUCAAAUUUGGAUGAUGAAUGUUGGCUGCUGCUGGAGAGAGCGAUGCUAAGCGCACGUUCUGCGUGGAUCCGUGAGUAAAAUCGAUCUAACCUCGCCCAAACAAGGCGGACCGUCAAUAUUUAGAUUGCUUAUCAUCGUCACCUGCAUAUAAAGAGACUAUCGCUAAUUGAAUAGUACCAUAAAAGUGAGCGAUGUUGAAGAUCGGCGUCGUCGUUGCUGCGGCCUUCUUAGGACUGGCACAUGGCCGAAUCCUGCCGAAAGUUAAUUGCGGUUACGAGUCAUGUCCGAAAGUCGGAGGAGAAGAUGUGCUGAACGUCCACGUGGUUCCGCAUUCCCACGACGACGUUGGAUGGUUGAAAACAGUUGACCAAUACUAUUUCGGAACUAAGACGAAUAUACAAAGGGCUGGAGUGCAGUACAUCAUAGAUUCCGUUAUCAAGGCUUUGACUGAGAACCCUGAGAGGAGGUUCAUCCAAGUGGAGACAGCCUUCUUCCAUAGAUGGUGGAUGGAUCAGAGCUCCAGUAAAGUGGAGGAGGUCAAGAGGCUCGUGAGAUCCGGGCGGCUGGAGUUUAUCGGUGGUGCUUGGAGCAUGAACGAUGAAGGCGCCGCUCAUUACCAUUCCAUCAUCGAUCAAUUCUCCUUAGGUUUAACUUUUUUGAAUCAGACUUUCGGUGCUUGCGGUCGUCCCAAGAUCGGAUGGCAGAUCGAUCCGUUCGGGCACAGCAGGGAGAUGGCCAACAUCUUCAGCGAGCUGGGAUACGACGGACUGUUCUUCUCGCGUCUGGAUUGGCGCGACAAAUCGCGCAGAUUGACGACGAGGACGCCGGAAAUGAUCUGGCAGGCGAGUCCGACGCGCGGGAACGUCUCCAAUCUCUUCACUUCCGUCCUGUACAAUCACUACAGCGCCCCAUCCGGAUAUUGCUUUGACGUGACCUGCAGCGAUGACCCAAUCAUCGACGAUCCCAGGAGCAAGGAGUAUAAUUACAAGCAGAAGGUCGAAGGAUACGCGAGGUUCAUCAAAUCGCAAGCCUCCAAUUACCCCACGAACAACAUCCUCAUCACCAUGGGCGACGACUUUAAUUACCAAGACGCCAAUUCGUAUUUCAUCAAUUUGGACAAACUCAUCAAAGGUUUCAAUUUGUUUCCGCAAUCGUUCAAUGGACGUCCCAUCAAAGUCUUCUAUUCGACGCCCUCUUGUUACGUCAAGGCUGUAAACGAGGCCAGCUUGAAGAAGAAGCAAGCUUUCGCUGUUAAAACCGACGAUUUCUUCCCGUACGCCACCGAUUACAAUGCUUAUUGGUCCGGGUACUUCACCUCAAGACCUACCUCGAAGAGGCUCGAAAGACAAGGCAACAACUUACUUCAGGUCAUCAGGCAAAUCUCGGCGCAAAACAUAACAUACCACGUGAAUGUGCAAGGACUCGACUUGCUCGAAGAGGCCGUUGGUAUUAUGCAACAUCACGACGCAAUCACCGGAACCGAAAAGCAACACGUCGCUGAUGAUUACGCGAGGAUCGUCGAUGAAGCCAUGCACAAUACCACCUCGGAAAUCAACUUAUUGUUAUCGAAUUUGUUGAAAAAGGGCAAUGGUUACGUGAAUUUGCAAUUGCAAUCUUGUAUCUUAGCCAAUAUCAGCGUUUGCGCCCAAAGUUUGGAAAAUAACUUUUUGGUGGCCGUGUGGAAUCCGCUUGGAAGGAAAGUCGAUUAUCGUGUGAGGUUGCCGGUGGAUGGAAAGAACUUCGACGUGCGCGGACCUUUAAAUGAAUCCAUCAAGUAUCAAAUUGUCCCAAGCAUUAGCAAUUUCAGCAACUUAGGCGAGUACCAUCAUGCUAAAUACGAUUUGGUGUUCGUCGCUGAACAAGUACCAGCUAUUGGUAUGAAAAUGUACUUUGUUAACAAGAAACAAGUCAAGGAGUACGGAUAUAUUUUGAACGAAGCCUAUGGUUACGAGCGACUAAAUUUGGGAAACAAUAAAACGGGAAUCAGGAUAAACAACGCAACCGGACUAUUGGAAUCGGUUACCAUAAAUGGAACGCAAAUGAAGAUCCAGCAAGAACUCAUGUAUUACAUCGGCGCUAAAGGCGACAACUCGGCGUUCAACCGAAGAGCCUCCGGUGCGUACAUUUUCCGCCCAGCCGUGAACAAAUCCGUUCCCAUCAAGUUCCCAAAGGUCACGUUCAAGGUCUUCAAAGGCGACCUAGUGGACGAGGUGCAUCAGAACUUCAGCUCCUGGGUUAAACAAAUAAUCAGGGUGUACAAAAACACGAGCCACAUCGAGUUUGAUUGGCUGGUUGGCCCGAUUCCAGUAAACGACGGAGAGCCUAAGGAGGUGAUCUCACGGUUCACCACUCCCAUCAAUUCCGGCAAAGAGUUUUACACCGACUCGAACGGUAGGGAAAUGGUGAAGAGGACCAGAGAUCAUAGGGAAACCUACAAUUACAGCAACGAAGAACCGGUCGCAGGAAACUAUUAUCCUGUUACUUCGAAGAUCAGCAUUCAGGAUAAAUCUUUUACUGUCAGCGUUCUCAAUGAUAGAGCGCAAGGAGGAACUAGUCUUAAAUCAGGAGAAAUGGAAUUGAUGGUGCAUAGAAGGCUAUUGAAAGAUGAUGGAUUUGGAGUCGGAGAAGCUUUGAAUGAAACCGAAUUCGGUAUAGGUUUAGUUGCGAGAGGAACGCACUACUUGACAAUAACCGGAAAAGGAUUUUCUACAUCAGAAGUUACCAAAGAUUUGGGCACCGAGAAGAUUUUAACACCAUGGGUUUUCGUUUCGGAUAUCUUGAAGAAACAGACUGUCCAAUCUCUAUCAAAACAAAUUGAUUUUACCUAUUCCGGAAUUACGAAACAAUUACCUAAGAACGUUCAACUGUUGACACUCCAGCCUCACAAGUAUCGUAAUAAUUGGUUGGUGGUUCGCUUGGAACAUCUUUACGCCAAAGACGAACAUCCAAAUCUUUCGAAAAACGUUACCAUCAACUUAAGAGAUUACAUCCCCAAGUACAAAUUGGUAUCAUUGUUGGAAACUGCUUUGGGCGCAGACAAACCUCUGGACGAGAGCAAAUAUUUGAAUUGGAUUUUAGGCGAAAAUCUGCAGAAGGCCAACUACACGCACAAUUUCGAUUUGGGAAAGAAAUUGGGGUACAUCAGAGUGGAUACACCGCAGCAAAUGCACAAUUUUAAUAUAACAUUGGCUCCGAUGCAGAUACGCACGUUCAUUGUACAAGUAUAAAUGUAUUUAUUAUUGACAAUCUAAGAAUACAACAAAACAAUAAUUGUCACAUCGUGACAAACCAACGUAGUUGGAAUGACAACUGUUUGUUUAAAUCGUGUUGGCGCUAGAAAAAUAUAAACAAUUAUUUAUAAUAAAAAUAUGCACUUAUAACAA